UUUUUUUGUUUUCCUAAAUUUAAUUCUGUUUCUUUUGCAUGAAAGGUAGAAAAAUGAGGCAAAAAUAUAAAAGACUUGUUGCUGUUAGCCGAAACCAUCAGUAAUCAAGUGGAAGCCUAACGAUACCUUUGGUGUGUGUGUGUUAUUUAUUAUUUAUUUUUUUUUUUUGCUAAGAAUAAAAUAUGGUGCAGAAACUCAUUGCUUUGAUUUUUGUGGGAAUUCUGCUGAACAACUGUUCGGCACGACCAGGCUUUUUGCAUGGCCAUCAUCAUUUCGAUUAUCCACUAAUACAUCAUGAAUCGUUGCCAAUUGCGAAAUACGUGCACAUACCAGCGGCGAUAUCACAUCAAAGCUCUACCGUCAUUCAUAGCGCCCCGAUAAUAAAGCCAUUUGUACUGCCAGUGGUUAAGACAAUUCUGCCAAUUAUAAAAACUUAUCAUCCCGCUCCCAUUAUUAAAACCCUACACUAUGAUCCUUUUCAUCAUCAUCAUCAUCAUUUCGAUCAUCACGAUUUUCAUCAUUAUCACUAAGGAGAAGCGAUAAUUGCAAAGAUUUGUUUAUUCUAUAACGAAAUAUUUGUUAAACAAUCUGUCGCGAGCAGAAAAUCGUAAUUACAGAAAUUUUCAAAAAUUGUUAUUAUUGUGUUGAUAAAUUAGUGCAAAUAAAAGAUGUUUAAUGAAAUUUUUACAUCAAACGAAGAAUGAUUACAAUUUAAUUGCAAUGAAUGCAUAAAAUUAAUGGAUACAUAAACUAUUAAAUAUUCAAGAGUCCUCUUUAGUCCUAACUUCCUUUUCUUUUCUUUUUUUUCUUUUCUUUUUUUUUUAUGUGUUCGGCUUGCUGUAGGGCUAAGAA